CGCGGAGCCCCGAAACCGAUUGCGAUCGCUUGAGUUUCUCUGCGCAGUCGAGAGAGACAGAGAGCGGAAGACAGACAGACAGACAGAGAAAUCCAAAUUGAUCUUGAUGGCUGUGACUACAGUACAGAUCAUAAGCAGGAUGAAAGGUCCUUGUAUGGAUGACUUCAUUCGAAUGCGAUCAGGUGAAAAUAUUCUGCAAGAAACAAGCAACUUUGUAAAAGAAUACAGAGGGAUGGAGAUGCCUUUCAAAGUGACAUUUCAUUCAAAGCCACGUGAUGUGGUUCUUGAAAUUGGCGACCUGGAAAAUACUGCUUAUGCUGGGAGAAAGCAUAUGCUUGACUCUUGGAAACAUCUGUACCUGGACAAAUCCACAGAGCUAGAGGUGUUGGGUGUCCUAAAUGGAUUGCCUUGCCUAGCACCUUGGCUCCAGUUUAUUAUCCUUGUUGCAGAAGAUGGUGUUGUGUAUGCUCAUGAAAAUGAAGUACUACACAAAAUUGCUGAAAAUGCAAUUCAGCUAUUUGAAGGGAAAGGUGUGAUUCCCGGCAAGAAAGUCUACAGAUACGGCAAAGGAUUUAUGCCAACGACUACUGAAGAGAACCUACGUAUGGUGAAAGGUAUUCAAUUGAAUAAAAGUAUCUUAAAGUCACAAAUUACGCAGACAGCAAAGCAGAUAAAUUCAGGAUGUUGCUUGACCUUCUGAAUUGAGCGGAGCUGCAGAAAUUAAUGCUUCAUUAAUCAUUUCUACUCUAUGGUAAAGUUCAUCGAGGUGGCGAUCUUUCUUGCCUCCUUCAAGGAAGGCAAACUUCUGAAUGAUGAGACGAUUGUCUUUUCCAAAAUGAAAGGCUAAUCUCAAUGGAACUAUUCAGACGAUGGAUAACAAUACUGGAAACCAGCCAGCUUAAGAAAUAAAUUCAUGAAAUAGGAGUAGGACUUUUCAAUACACUUUAAAAAAAGCUCUUAUAUUUUUUUAUUGAAUAUAUAUAACCAAUCAAGGAAUCGAUGGGUCAUCGCACAACUUGUUACCCUGGAACUCUGCCUCAAUCCAUUCCCCUUGUCCCCUCCCUUCCAACUGAAGAUCUUUUUGAUCGAGCUUACCCUUGCCCUCUCCCCCUGGCUCAGGAUAGACUCUGCCGCUACCAAGCUCUCCGGGAUGCUACCCCACGUGAAGGGUACUAUAAAAUGCAGUGCCUUGGGACAUCCUGAUGUAAAAGGCGCUAUACAAAUGUAAUUUUGUAGUGUAUGUUAAGUUGUAUAUUGUGUGAAGCACUUUGAUACGGCCUUCUGAUUCGGAAGGUUUACAUAAAGAUAAAUUGGUAAAUUUUUUAAAUAACUCAUCUAUAAAAUGUCAUUCAUUGUACUUCGGAAAAUAAACACAAUAUCUGUCUGUGAUUAAAAA